UUGUCGUAAACAUGACUGGAGAUAGCGACUACAACAAAUACGACAUGGCAGGGCUCCGGGCCGAACUGGAGCAAGAAAGAGAAAUGAAAGAAAUGCUUGAGGAGUCUGUGUCUGAUCUGCGGAACACUAUGUGUGAACUGCAACAAAGACUACACAGUGUUGACGGAGAGGAAAAUGAAUGGAAGACAAGGUAUGAGACCCAGGUAGAACUUAAUGGACAAUUAGAAAGACAGAUCUCACUCAUCCAUGAGAGACUGGAGGACCUGCAAGGAAACCCCAUAGAUCGAUUGGCCUCCAUUCGAUCUUAUGAUGAAAUGUCAAUAGAAACACUGAGACAGCGUUUGAAGCUUCUGACCGAGGAGAAGUCUGACCUCCAGAGUCAGCUGAUGGACUGUCAUCUCCAAAUUGAACAAGAAGGAAAGGCUUUUCGUAAAACAAAUGAUGAGAGGCGAGCAUAUCUAUCAGAAAUCGCAAAGCUGUCCUCCACUAUUGAGACCCAAAGGAGGCAAUAUCCCACUCAGCCACAGAGGGCGUCAGAGAGCAAACAGAGGAGAGCAAAGCAGACCAGCAGGAAGGCAGAGGCUGGUUCUAAGAGAGAGGAGACAGAAGAAGAUGGAGGAGGAGUGCAAGUGAUAGUAGGAGGAGGAGGAGGAGUAGGAGUGACAGCUGAGAGAAGAAAAGAAAAGAAAUCCCAAAGGGGAAGCAGGUUGCCUACCCUAAAGCGCUACCUGAAACACAACCUAACCUAGAGCUGCUGUUUAGAGAUGUGGCGAAGGCAGCAAUGCUGGUCUUUUAGGGUUUUAGAGGAAUUAUUUCAUAUAUUAUUUUAUCAUAUAUUCACAUAUUUUCAGUGUCAAAAUCAGAAAAUAGGGCAAUCCAAAUGGAGUAUUGUAAUAAUACCACAUCUAU